GUAAAGACACAGAGAGCUGGAGUGUCGAGGAGAUGGUGUCGGAGGCGAGGGCUGGAGGAGCAAAGGCUUCACGAGAUCACAGACUUGAGACAACAAUUCCAGACUCUGCUGACGGAGCGGGGGCUGGUCAGGGUGAGGGCUGACCCCGUGAGAGACGGACGCGAGCGCAGACGGAGACACGGGGAGAGACGGGAACUGAACCGUCUGCGUCAGCAACAAGAGGGGCAGAGGUUGGGCAGACGGAAGGUUCUGAGCCUCACUCACACCCUCGGGGGAGAGGACAACUCGUCAGGGGAGGAGGGGGGCCACGGGCAGCCUGAACCCAGCCUCCAGGAGGUGAGGUUUAAGCUGAGACACGAUGCGGCAGAGCUGGGGGCGAGAUGUGGGGCUCGGGGAGACUGGGACCAGUCGCUACUCUCUCUCCUCGUGGCUCACGGUCUGUACCCCCAGGUGGCCCUGCCCGACCCCAACAACCCUUCCCGCAGGGACUCCGAGCAGAUUUUUCACACCAAGACCAAACAGGGGGUACUUAUGCAUCCAAACAGCGUGUUUUACAGUGACCCGAGCUUGUUACACACACACAGUGAGCGGGAGAGGAAAGGAUCGCGAGGAGGUGGUGAGGCCUCACAUCACCUGGUCCUCUUCCUGUCUUUACUCGAGACAAACAAACCCUAUCUGAUCACCUGUGUCCGAACUCCAGCCCUGCAGACCCUGCUCCUGCUCUCCCGCUCGCUGGACACAGACGGGGGCUGCACGAGGCUGGUGGCGGAUGGUUGGCUGGAGGUCAAGGUGGCCGAGGACCCGGAGAUGGCUCUGCAGGUCCUGUCGGCCGCUGUGAGACUCCGGGAGAGGUGGGGGCGAGCCCUGGGGCAGUGCCUGACACGAUCUCACGCCGACAGCCACCAGCGCGGGGAGAGGGAGGAGGAGGAGGAGGAGGGGAGGGAGAGGAAGGAGACACGGUCACUCAGCAACGACCUCAGAGAGUUUCUGGCCUUGAAGGUCACGUACGACAUCCAACGCUUAACAGCUCUGGAAGCUCAAAACCUGUACGUGGGACCUGACGUGGAGACCGAGACGCUGAACAUCCCCGGACUGACGUCUGAACAAGAAACAAAACCACAUCCCAUCAAAGGAGGGUUGAUAUUCAACAGUUACCUCACCUACAACUGUCUGAAGAACAACCAAGACAUCUACAGUGGGUGUCUACGCACGUUUUGGACGUGCCCCGUGUGCGACCUGCACCUGCCCUUCACCCCCUUGGAAAGGAUACAGCACGAAGCGGAUUGUACAGCGCGGGUCAAAAGCCACGAGGAAGCAGACUCGCCCGAGCCGCCUGAAAGCCUCUCUGUGGGAAUGUCUGCGCUCCAGAGGAUUUAUCACUGUCCUGAGUGUCAGAAAGAUUUCAUGUUCACUUCCACACAGACUCUCAAACACAAGAAGCUUCAUCGGUAGAGAGGGGGACACUCACUCACACACACAACACACACACUCACUCACACACACAC